ACAAAAACCUAAAUAAUGUCAAAAAUUGACAUAAUGACAUUUUUCAAGACGCGACUGAAUUUGUGAUAUAUUGCUUUCUGAGUGUUUAUGUGUUUAUCGAAAUUACAGAGACAUCAGCUCCAUCCAGAACAAAUAUGACUUGAUCAUAAGCGACCUUCGCGAAAUGAAGGAGAACAUCCAGGAGCGAAUAAGGAUCGUGGAAAAAACGGAACUAAUCAUGAAUCUGCUACAGUACAGGAUGUACGAGAUCCGUUUACGAUUUCACGAUGAAAUUCAAUCAAUUAACUCAACAGAGAAACGAACUCAAGACCGGAAUGAUGUUGAAGGAAACAGAGUCGCAGGCUGCUUUCAAAUCAUAGAAACAGAAAAAGAGAUUGCAGAGUGUCAAAAUACGUACGAUGCGCAGCAUAGAUGUGUCAAGGAACAGAUGCUGGAAGCGCAAGCUCGUUACGAAAAGUCAGUAAACAUACUCGACGAUGGUUUGGAAGUGAUGAAAAAGAAUUUUUCGAAUUUACUAUUACUACUGGAAGCAGAGAAGGCUAUAAUGGAAGAAAAACAGUUUAGUUUGGAAGAUGUCAAGAAUUUUAUAGCAAUGGAAAAUGUUGAGGCAGUUAUGGAGAGAUUUACGGAAAUGCAAACGGAAGGAUGGAAGACUCGUGCCGUAGAUAACGUUUCAGACUUACCUGCUACUAAAGGUUUGAAGAUUACUUCCACUGGUUUAUUAGUCACGGAAUCCGGUCGCCAGGUCACGUAUCAAGAAGCACGAGAGCAGAAAUUGUUAGACAACAUCAAGAUAUUUGAUUUUGUCUACGAACAGGAUAAAAAAUCAUCUAAUGAUCUUAUGUCUGUAAAGUCAGCAGCCGAAUCAAAAAGUUCAGGAGACAGCAGCCGAAUGACCUCAGAAGACGUAAACUACCUGAAAGAGAAUCUGGGCAUACCUUUAACGUUAGCUCUGGCCGAGAUUACAACUGUUCAACCAAAGGACCCGAUACACUAUCUAGGUCAUUGGCUGUUCAAAUACCGGUAUAACCAGGAGAUGUCCGAUAUACAAACGAUCGAGAUCAAUCAGCUAUGUGAAGAGAGAGACCGAAUAGCUAGAGAAAGAUGGCACAAAUUCAUAGAGGAAGAGGCUCGAACUGCUGUUAUAGACAUGAUCCUCAGAGCUGAGGAGCAAGCAACGCGCAACGAAUGGAUAAGAAUCCAGAGAGAAUUAGAAGAGGAGAAAGAACAUGAAGAGCGGUUAGCAGAUGAAGCAAGAGACGUCUUCGUAUGAUUGCUCGUCAAUGGAGUAUUUUUGAAUUACAGUGGUUUUCAACCCCCCCCCCCCCCCCCCCCCACUUAUUUUUGAACGAUUUCAGAAUUCAAGUUAGCUAGCUGAAAUUCACGUUGAUAAAAUUAUUGCAUAUAUACUUUUUUAGCCUAAAAGUGGCAGUUGAAAAUUUCAAUAGGGCGGAUGGUCGACAUCUUGGAACGUUUUUUAAAUAGAAUGGGAGCCAUGAGAUCUAUCUUUUUUGAAGUUAUUUACAAACCUAGAAUAUAAAACCAUAGCUGAGAUAACAAACAGCUAUCAAACUUUUCUGUCAAAACGGCCGCCUUUUCGGCGGAGAAAGUCCAAUGUAAAUUGCCCCAGUAGAUGAAAGUCGGUGUUGCCACGUACCUCAACCGAACCUAAAACACUUUCUCUUCAGCUAGGAUACUUCAACAUACACAGCGAGUUUUUAAUGUGUAAGCGAUCGAUCAUUCCUAUAUUUUAAAAACCUAUAAAAGCUAAUUAUACAAAUUGUAGGCAACUGUUCGCUCCACAAAUAGCACAACUAUACAGUGUGUCCCAGAUUCGCUUCUCUAUACAGGGAUCUCGGCUUCUGUUAUACAUACCUACAGCAAAGACUACUGGGGAAAGUUUUAGAGGAAACUUAGUGCUUUGGAUAGUUGCCUUCAGAUUUACGAUCGAUCAGUUGAUUUUGAAAUUAUGAGAAAUAUCAGCGAAAAAACGAAAAUGGCGGAAUUUGUUUUUUGCCAGUAAAUCCAAAACGGUUAAUUUGACAGCUCUCAAAAUGUUACAUUAUUCGGACAUUUUUUUUAAGAAAAAUACGUUACGAUAGCUUGUAUGACAUGUCUCAAUCGUCUUUUGUUUUCCAGCAACCCGCCUCAAGAUUUACAGUCUAGUGAUGUCUCACAAGUGCAUAAAAGAUUGGAGUACCACCUAAACAUCACACGUAAUGUUAUGUAUUAGUUUUUUUCUAAGGAGGCUAUGAUUCAUUUGUCAGAAAAUAACAAUGAGCAAAGGCCCUCUGUCGCGAUCCGAAAUUUUGUGCCAAAUUUCGUACAAAAUUAAGGUUAGUGUCAGAUAGCAUUUAGUAUAUAAUUUCAUAUGAACAAACUUAGUGCUAAAGCAUGAGAAAUAUGAUUAUUUAUAUUAUGAUGUAAAAAGCAAGGCCUAUAAAAUAUAAAAUCAAAUGUUUUGGAACAAAUUCCCAACUAUGAGUGUGUUAAUAAAAACAAGUCAGAAAAAUCGUCGUAAUUUUACAAAACUGUAAUAUCUAAUUAUGUAAGUGGGCAUUUACAGAUGUGCAAAAUAACGUCCAUUUGUAUUCAAUUAUUUUUGACAACUGGUGACUUUUUCGUACAACCUUAGCUAAUGUAUUUCUGUUAAAUGUUUCUAACUGUGCUCAAAAUUCUUUGUAUCAGGAUUUCUAUGGUCGCGGGAGGAUCAAAUUCAUAGAUCUCAUUCUUUGCGUGACCCCAGAGGUAGAAAUCUAAGAUUGAAAGUUCACGGGAUCUAGGAGGCCAAGAUAUUGAGUCAUUUAAUGAAAUUAUUCUUUCAUCAAACCGUUCUGCUAAGAAGUUCCUGACUUGAAUGGUGUUGUGGGUCGGACAUCCAUCCUGUUGAAACCAGGAUCUUCUAAACUCAUCUUCGGUUAGACUAGCCCAUAAAGCCGGCACAACCUAGUUUCGCAAAAGCUCUAGGUACCUUUCUCCGAUUAGGUUGUACUUAAACAAAAAUGGUCCAAAAAAGGUAAGUUCGAUUAAAUUACCAAUGACCACACACCAAACGUUAGUUCCAAAUCUGGUCUGUAGACGCCUCUCUGCUAAUUAAAAACUCCACAAUUUUUAAACCUUCUCUCAUUGGACCACGAGACAUGAUUUACAAAAUCGGGAUUUUCAUUAGACUUCCUAGUAUACCCCUCACGGAAGCGCAUUCGCCUUGGAAAAUCAGUUUCCUCAAGUCUUUGAACUCUCUGUUCUGUUCAUUUUGACACACCGAUUUCUAUACUCCUUACUGAUGCACUAGGGAUUUUGUUGACAGCUUGUAAAAUGUUUCUGUCGAAAUUUUCAUUUUCAAUAUUGUAUUCGCUUCUACGUUGGUCAAAGGCUAAAUUAACAAUUUUUCUACAUUGGGUUGCAUGAGGCUGCCGUUGUUCAAGGUACAUCCCCAAGUACCUUGCUGAGGUAAUAUCGGCGUUUCUGUGUGACUGCAAGUACAGCGCUAACAUGUCAAACUAUUCAUUUGAGUAGGGAUUAACGACCAUUUUUUGUCAGAUUUAUGAUUUUAAUGAGAGAAAACGUACCUAUUACUUAUUAAAACAAUUUUAAUACUUUGAAUUAUGUAACGUCAAAGACAGAACCUCCUUAGAUGAAAAAAAUGCGUUAUUUUAUUUUCUGACAAAUAAAUCAUGGCCUCCUUAGAAAAAAAAUGAUACAUAACGUUACGUGUGAUGAUAUUUCGAUACUCCAAUCUUUUAUGCACGGGAGACACCACUAGGCUGGAAAUUUUACGCUCUUUCCAAAUAUCCAAAAAUCCAAUAUGGCGGCCAAAAGAAAAAUGAAUGUUGAGGCGGGUUGCUUGAAAACAGAAGACGAUUGAGACAUGUAAUACAAGCUAUCUUAUUUGCCUUAAAAAAAUGUCCGAAUAAUGUCACAUUUUGACAGCUGUCAAAUUAUCCAUUUCGAUUUUACUGACAAAAAACAAAAUUCGACAUUUUCGCAGAUAUUUCCAAAACCAAUUGACCGAUCGUAAAUCUGAAGCCGGCUAUCGAAUGCACUAAGUUUCGUCUAAAACUUUCCCCACUUAAACUUUGCUGGUAUAACAGGAACCGAGAUCCCUGUAUAGAGAAGCGAGUCUGGGACACACUGUAUCUUAAAGUCGUUGUAAAGACGACGUUUGUUACGAAAACUGUGCAUCUUAAAGACGUCUUUAUAAUACAUUCGUAAGGUCUUUAGUGCGGCAUUAAAAAGACAAUAAAAAACAGGCUAAUUAUUAAAAAGUCUUUUUAUUAAAAAAUUAUAAUUUAUUGUUAUCAAUUUUUUUCUGGGUAGCUGUCCGGUGAUCUGAGGCUCGCUUCAGCCAAGCUCCGACUGGUAGGUCCGCCUCUGGCAUACAUCACCCCUUCAGCAAAUACUGAAAUAAAUAAGUAGGUACAGGUUCUUCC